CUGUAGAGGGCACCUCCACAGUGAGUUGUUUUGCAGGAUCUUUAAAGACCUUGUUGUUUUAUAACAUUAAGGCUGAUAACUGACCCACAGCAUGGGAAUCUUGGAAUCUUCCACCAGCUGACAUCCUGUUUCUUUUCUGCUCUUCGCUCUUUCAUUUCAUCAUUACUCCCUCCCUUCUCCUUGUCUCACUUUCCUGCUUUCAGUUGCAGGAAUGGAAACCGAAACCAUCACAUGGGAGGGCUCAGAGAUCGAGUACUUAUAACAGCAGCUGAUUCAACAGAAACAAAACAGACCGGCAGAAAGAAGGAGGCAAGAUCCUCAGAGCAUUAAGGCUUCCAUUGGCUGAGUCAUGGAACCGCAUUACCAAAACAGGAGAGGAGGUGGUAGAAACAAUCAGCAUCAGAGAAAUGAAAGAGAGCGUCACGGUCAUGAAGCCGGAGGCCAUCAUGAAAACCAGAGGAGAAGAAAUCAGAACCAAGAAGCAGGGCAAAAUCACAGAGACAACCAACAAAGGCCAGUGGCAAACAGAGCAGCAGGUGGUAGAGAUGGAAACAAUGGCCCUUGGCAAAUCCAGAAUCAGCAGCAGCUGAGAGGGCGACAGGGAAAUGGAGCUGGGGGCCACCAAGAAAACAGGAGAAGAGGAAAUGAGAAUCAAGAAGCACGGCAGAAUCACAGAGCAAACCAACAAAGGCCUGGGGCCAACAGAGGUAGUGGUACUGAGCAGCAGGUUAGACAUCUGGGGUAUAAAGCUGUAGAGGCGUUGUUAGAAAAGGAGCCCUCAGAAGUAGUCAUCACACUAGCCUCACACUCUGGCCUUGGAGAACUGCUUUCACUCAUAACUAUGAAGCCAAACUUUGUGGAGCUGCUCUGCAAGGUUAUAUGUAGAGCCUGCAGUUCUAAGUUAGAUCGUCAGAGCAUCCAGCACCUUCUGGGACGAAUCAAGUCCUCUUACUUCCUGAGUGCCUGCCUUCCACAAUAUGUUGUAGGAAUGAUGACAGAUCACAUUCAGGAGAGACGCCAAAGUUACCCAGAGCACAUUUCCAAUAUACUUAGACUCUUGCAAGAACUGAUGAGCAUAUUCCCAGCAAGUACUAUUGCGGAGACAUCAAUGUUGAUCUCACUUAUCCCUGGCUCUAUUAAUGCUCUACGUACAUCUGGAGUUGAAAUAGAAGAGCAAAUAGAACAAAGCCUGGAAAGGGUAUCUGAUUUAGCCAGACACUUGCAAGAUAAGAAGAGGGAGGGAACACUGCGAGUGGACACACAUAUAACUAUUGACACUGAGAUCCCAGCUGAGGAUUACAGAAGAAUGAGUGUGUAUCCCAGCUAUAAUGAAAUUCAUCACGGUGAAAAGCCUUUUCUCCGGCCAAAUACACUCAACUCUAAAUAUGAAAGCACUGUCCUCUACUUGGAUACUCACUUUCGCCUCUUGCGUGAAGACUUUGUACGCCCAUUGAGGGAUGGUAUCCAAGAACUUCUCAUGUACCAUGAUCAUGGCUCCCACAGGAGAAAAUGUGAUGACAUUCGGAUUUACUUUGACACAAGAAUUCUCUCUCCUCUGUGCACACCAUUAGGGAUUGUGUACAAGGUGCAGUUUGACGUCACUCCAUUAAAGAUGGUACGAUGGCAAAAUUCCAAAAGGCUGUUAUAUGGAUCUCUGGUAUGCCUUUCCAAGGACAGUUUUGAAACCUUUCUCUUUGCCACAGUGGCCAAUCGUGAUGCUGCAGAGCUAGCUUAUGGGGAGGUUCAGUUGCAAUUCAGUGAGCAGAGCCGAGGUCUUCUUGCACAAACUCAGCCAAAUGACUCCUUCCUCAUGGUGGAGACCACUGCAUAUUUUGAAGCAUGUCGCCAUGUCCUAGAAGGGUUGCAAGAAAUGAAUGAUCAGGAUGUCCCAUUUCAAAAAUAUAUUGUAGAGUGCCAGAAAGAAGUGAGGUCUCCUCGAUAUCUUGACAUGGGAAUUUCAUAUGAUAUCUCUUGCCUGCUGGCUGAAAACAUUAAUAAAGCCAGCAUAAAGAAGAACAUCAACAUUCUGGAGUCUAGAGAGUGGCCUUCCAUGGAUGUUUUUGGCUUUGAUGAAUCUCAGAUGGAGGCUGUACAGCUAGCACUGACAAAGGAGUUGGCUAUCAUUCAGGGGCCUCCAGGCACAGGGAAGACGUACGUGGGAUUGAAAAUUGCAAGAGCCCUUCUUUCUAAUACAAAUGCUUGGCAGUUUGAAGUCCGCUCCUACCCAGUGCUUGUUGUGUGCUACACAAAUCAUGCGCUCGAUCAGUUUCUGGAAGGAAUCCAACAGUUCCUGGGCAAGGGGAUAGUGCGAGUGGGUGGAAGAAGCAACAGUGAGGUUCUAAAGAAGUUUACCCUCAGGGAGCUGAGGUCCAGUCCAGACUUCCGCAGGAAUUCCCCACCUCAUCUUCGCAGGGCCUAUUUUGAAAUCAAACAAAGUAUGCAGGAGUCUGAGCAAAAGCUACAAGAGGGGUCCCAACUCCUGCACUGCUCUAUAUCUGGUAUAAUUCAUGAGAGAUUCCUGGAGAAUUACAUAAAAGAGGAACACUGGGAUAGUCUUCAUAGCAUUGUGGAGCAUGAUGACUUUUGCUUCCAGAAGAGCCGUGGGAAACCUUCUGCGAUUGUGGAGUGGCUAGCACUGGGUGUCAUCCCUUAUGCACGUACCCCAGACCUCAAUGGAGCAGGGGCACAGCCUCAGGAUCUACAAGAAGAAGAGGAAGAAGAAGAAGAAGAAGAAGGUGAGGAGGACAAGCUGAUUGACAUUGCAGAGGAAGCAGACAUCAUUCAGGCUGAUCGUGUGCUUGAUGGUGAUGAGGAGGCAAAAAGACCAAAGAAGAGGAAAGAGACAAACAAUGGUAGAGAACUGGCAGACUUUAUACUUGCAAUGUCCUUCGAAAACAACGACCAAAGUAAAGAGACUGUGGAGACAGGCAAUUGGGAGAUGACUAAAAAGCAAAAGAAGAAGAGGAAGCGAAAGGUGAAGAAUGAACUGAAGAAACUCGAUGCAAUGACAGCAGAAGAGGCUGCCAAGGUUACAGAUGUUUGGAAUCUGAACAUUAACUCACGUUGGAGGCUGUACAGACUCUGGUUACAACGUUACCAGCAGGGAAUACGCCAGAAAAUCCUAUCCCACGAGGAGAAGUAUCAGGAACAUGCCGAUCGGCUGGCAGAGUUGAGGUUACAAGAAGAUUUAGUCAUCCUCAAACAAGCCCAGGUCAUUGGCAUGACAACCACAGGAGCUGCCAAAUAUCGUAAACUACUGCAGGUAGUGGAGCCACGAAUUGUCAUUGUGGAAGAGGCAGCAGAAGUUCUGGAAGCCCAUAUCAUAACCACCCUCAGCUCGGCAUGUCAGCAUCUCAUCCUCAUCGGGGAUCAUCAGCAGCUGAGGCCAAGUGCCAAUGUUUAUGAUUUGGCAAAGAACUUCAACCUGGAGGUGUCAAUGUUUGAACGUCUCAUCAAAUCCAACCUGCCAUUUGUCCGUCUGAAUUAUCAGCAUCGAAUGCGGCCUGAGAUCGCUCGGCUCCUCACACCUCACAUCUACAAAGAACUGGACAAUCACCCAUCUGUGCUCAAUUAUGAAAACAUCAAGGGAGUCUCCACCAAUCUUUUCUUUGUGGAACACAACUGCCUAGAAAAAGAAAUACAAGAUGGAAAAAGUCAUGAAAACAUGCACGAGGCUAUGUUCAUAGUUGAACUUUGCAAGUACUUCCUCUGCCAGGAAUAUAAACCAUCUCAGAUCACCAUCCUCACCACAUACACAGGUCAACUCUUCUGUCUCCGCAAGCUUAUGCCUGCCAAAAAGUUCUCUGGAGUAAAGGUGCAUGUGGUGGACAAGUACCAGGGUGAAGAGAAUGAUAUUAUCCUCCUUUCGCUGGUCCGCAGCAAUAAAGAGGGAAGAGUUGGCUUUCUUCAUAUCGCUAAUCGAAUUUGUGUGGCACUCUCUAGAGCAAAAAAAGGACUUUUCUGUAUUGGCAACAUGGGCAUGCUGGGCAAAGUGAAUUUAUGGAGCAGCAUCAUACUUACUUUGCGUCAAAGGCAUCAAAUCGGUAAUCACCUUAUGCUUUGUUGCCAGAACCACCCAGAGGUGUCCACCCCUGUCAGAACUGCUGAUGAUUUCAAAAAUGUCCCUGAAGGGGGCUGCACUAAGGAUUGUGAAUUCAGGCUGGAUUGUGGACAUCGUUGUACCCGUGUGUGCCACCCCUAUGACCCUGAGCACAAAGAGUAUCAAUGCAAUAAGCCCUGCCAAAAGGAACUUUGUGAGGAUGGACAUCGGUGCAAAAAAAUGUGCUUUCAACCCUGUGGGCCAUGCAUGAAGUUGGUAUCAAAGAAUAUGCCAUUGUGUGGGCACCAACAAAUGGUUCCAUGUAGCAUCCCUGUAAGAACCUACUGCUGUGAAAUGCCCUGUACCAAGUUCCUGAGUUGCGGCCAUCGCUGUGUCAAACUCUGUGGAGAUGAAUGUGAAGAACGAUGUACACAGGAUGUUGAAGCAGAACUGAAAUGUGGGCACAUUCAGACAAUUAAGUGCUGGAAAAAACGUGAUAUAGAAUUUGGAAUGCCGGUUAAAUGCAAUGAACCUUGCCGCACAACACUGAACUGUGAGCACAAAUGUUCUGGCAGUUGUCACUCAUGUACACAGGGGCGAUUCCAUGAGACCUGCCGUCACCCGUGCAAGCGUCCUCUAAUCUGCUCACAUCCAUGCCAAGAGCCAUGCACAAAUAAGUGUCCUCCUUGCAUCAGGAUAUGUGAAAACCGUUGCAUUCACAGUCAAUGCAAAAAGAAGUGUGGAGAAAGAUGCGCCCCAUGCAUGGAGCCCUGUGAGUGGAAAUGUGAGCACUACAAGUGUGGAAAACUAUGCUCAGAGCCUUGUGAUCGUCCACCCUGUGAUGUUGCCUGUCCUAAGAAACUAAAGUGUGGACACCGCUGCAUCGGACUGUGUGGAGAGCCAUGCCCUUCAAAAUGUCGUACAUGUAAUAAGGAUGAGAUAACACAGAUCUUCUUUGGUAAUGAAGAUGAGUCUGAUGCUUGUUUCAUAGAAUUAGAAGACUGUGGCCAUAUCUUUGAAAGAUCUGGCAUGGACCAAUAUGUGACAACAGAUAUUACAUCCCAAGAAGAAAUGAGUAUAAAGCUUAAGGUGUGCCCUAAAUGCCAGACCCCUAUCAGGAAAAAUCUGAGAUAUGGCACAUUUAUUAACAGAACUCUGGAUGAGAUUGAGCAAGUGAAGAAAAAAAUACUAGGUCCAGAAUAUGAAAGGAAGGAAACUCAACAAAGACUAAAGGAUUCUUUACAACAGAUGGUUGAGUUUAGGAGAACACAUUCUGUGGAAUACCUAGAUAUGAAGCUGGCUUUGGAGAACCCAGACAUUUCACUUAGGGAACUGCUCAAACUGGAGAAUAUGUCUUUGUUUUACCAAAAGAUAGCAAAACUCUUUUCUAACAUACAAAAAGUAGAUGAGAAAGAGAAAUCCCAACUUAAAAAUCGCCUACUUGAAAUUAAGGAAUGGGUGGGGAGAACCAGAUCCUCCUUCACUGAACAAGAGGUCUUGGACCUGCAAAAUGAACUUGGGCGUUUUAUUUUCCUCUUAGAACUGCUUGUAAGAUGCAAGAUGGCCGGUAGAAUUAGCCCUGCAAAUCAAAAUGAAAUAGAGCUUUUAAGAAAAAUCUUGGAAAGAAACAAAAGGUUCACUCAGGAGGAUGUACAGUUAGUAAAGGUGAAGUUGAAGGAGCUGGAGAAAAACCUCCCACACUCUGGUCUUGGCAUAAGCGACAAUGAGCGGAUCAUGAUUGUAAAGGCUAUGGAGCUGCAGCAAGGCCACUGGUUUAAAUGUCCCAAUAACCAUGUGUAUGUCAUAACAGAAUGUGGUGGAGCAACGGAGAGGUCUAAAUGUCCUGAAUGCAAUGAGACCAUAGGAGGCACACAUCAUAACCUUCACCAUACAAACCGCCUGGCACCAGAAAUGGAUGGGGCACGUCAUGCAGCCUGGUCUAAUACUGCAAAUAACAUGAUGAAUUUUGAAGAAUUGCAAAGAGAACUGGGCAACUUUGAACUGGACUGAAGUUUCAACAGCCAAAAGCAAGACUACUGAAGAAUAAAUUUAUCAUAAAUGAGAAAAAAAAAAUCCUACAGGCAUAUAUUUUUGGUGCAUGAAUUAACUUAGAACAGAUAAGCACAAAUAAAGUGGACUGUAUUGUAAAAGGUCAUAAAAUUCUCUGGGCACCUUGUCAUUCCUAUUCAAAUAAUAUGAUAGCUCAUGUGUUGUAAUGAGAGAAGUUUAUGUCGAGCCUUUUUUAUAUUAAAUGGUGGCUCAGAGUAAUACUUUGAUAAAAGUUCUGGAUAAAUUCUAUAAAGCAGUUUUGUAGAAAGAACCGUUGACCUAUAAAUAUUCAAUUAUGGUUUGGCAUGGUGCCCCGAAGUCAAUUACAUAAUGGGGGUUAUUUAUCAAAGGUCGAGUUUGUGAGGUUUUUUUCUACCUUGAAUAAACUCACAUUUCGAAUGUUUGCAUAUUUAUGAAAAAACCUGAAUGCAAUCGGGGGAAAAAACUUGCAUACCUCGAAAUUAUUGUUAUGGGGCUAAAAAAACCUAGAAUAUCUCGGAUUGAUUGAGUUUUUGAGCACAAACCACCUUAUAAAACACAAAAAUCAUGAAGG